AGCUGUUUCUCUUCCAAAAUCUCAAAAAUGGAGAUGGGUUUGGUUUCCAAGGAUUCAAGCUGGUGGGUAUUCACUCUUCCGGCCUUCUUUGGGUCCCAAAGGCUUCUUGAUGGCUACGUUUUCUUUUCUUUUGUUAUGGCCGUCGUGUCUCUUGCCCUUCUCACUUGGACUUUUGCCGUUGGCGGCGUUGCAUGGAAAAACGGAAGGAAUCGAAAAGGUCAGAUGCCCAUCCCUGGACCUAGGGGUCUCCCUGUUUUUGGUUCCCUUCUCACUUUGAGUCGUGGCCUGGCUCACCGAUCCCUCGCUACCAUGGCUUGGUCCGGUGGCAAUACCCAGCUUAUGGCUUUCAGCCUCGGCUCGACCCCUGUCGUCGUUGCUUCUGACCCCCACACCGCUCGGGAAAUCUUGACUUCUCCUCACUUCGCCGACCGACCUAUCAAGCAGUCAGCUAAGAGCCUCAUGUUCAGCCGCGCUAUUGGGUUCUCGCCAAACGGAACUUACUGGCGGCUUCUUAGAAGAAUUGCCUCGUCACAUCUCUUCUCUCCGAGGCGCAUUUCAGCACACGAAGUUGGACGCCAGCGAGACUGCACCAUCAUGCUGCGCAACAUUGAAGCCGAGCAGAAACUCCACGGAUUUGUCUCUCCAAGGAAGCACCUUCAGUUUGCUGCCCUAAACAAUAUCAUGGGUGGCGUCUUCGGAAAAAGGUAUGACGGUGAAAAUGAUGUCACAGAGCUAAAGGAGCUCAAGGAAAUGGUUAAGGAAGGGUUUGAGCUUCUGGGUGCAUUUAACUGGUCCGACUAUCUUCCAUGGUUGAGUUAUUUUUACGACCCGUUUCGCAUCAAUGAACGCUGCCAGAAACUCGUCCCCCGAGUCAGGAAACUCGUCAAAUGCAUCAUUGAAGACCACCGUCACCGGGAUUCUGAAAAACUCUCAGAUAACGCUGAUUUCGUUGAUGUUCUGCUAUCUCUGGAAGGUGAAGAGAAACUUCAAGAGGAUGACAUGGUGGCUGUAUUAUGGGAAAUGAUAUUUAGGGGUACUGAUACGACUGCUUUGUUGACCGAGUGGAUCAUGGCUGAGAUGGUGUUGCACCCGGAUGUACAAGCCAAACUGCAUUCCGAGAUUCACGGUGCCGUGGGGAGCAGCGGGAGUAUUACCGACGCCGAUGUUGCAAAGCUGCCUUACCUUCAGGCAGUGGUGAAGGAAACGCUUCGUAUCCAUCCACCUGGCCCACUCCUUUCCUGGGCCCGGCUUUCCACAUCAGACGUACAGCUCAGCAAUGGCAUGCUAAUCCCCGCCAACACGACUGCCAUGGUGAAUAUGUGGGCCAUAGCUCACGAUCCCCGCGUCUGGGAAGACCCCCUGAAGUUCAGGCCGGAGAGGUUCUUAGAGGCCGACGUGGACGUCAGAGGUAGUGACCUGAGGCUGGCACCGUUCGGGGCCGGGCGUAGGGUGUGCCCCGGAAAGAAUCUGGGACUGGUGACGGUGAGCCUGUGGGUGGCGAAGUUGGUGUUGCAUUUCGAGUGGGUCCCAGAGACGGCGCACCCGCUGGAUCUGAACGAGGUUUUGAAGCUGUCUUGUGAGAUGAAGCAUCCGUUGUGUGCGGUGGCUGUGGGAAGAGGUGGUGUUCCGUUUUAGCUGUUAUGGGUCUUUUAUUAUUAUUUUCUCGGUUUUCGCCCUGUUUUACCUGUUAUGGUUAGGAUCUUAUGAAUAGGUUUAGCUAAUUAUGUUCUCUAAUCAAGCUGACGUCGAGAUGUAUAUCUUGCUAAAUCUAUCUAAGUUAUUCCUUACUCGGUUUAUAAUUAUAUAAUAUAAUAUAAUUAGGUAAUUUAGGAGCAAUUUAUGAAAACAUAUGUUGUGCGGGAGGUCUAGUUUUUGGAGGGAUGGGAUUGUUAGGACUCCUGAUGCACCUGUUAGUCUCUCUCAAACUCUAAUGGUGAAAUAUAUUUUGCCAUUUUUGUUCUAGUAAUCAUGCUCAUAGGUAUUUUAUUAGUAACGCUUUCGAAGGAGGUCCAAAUAGUGAUGAAGUUCAAAGGCCAACACUAACAACCCUAGCUAGCUCUUAGUUUUAUUUAAAUCAAGUUCUAAUGCCAAC